AAAAAGCCUCACAGUUGCGAGCAACAUCAUUGGUCCGUGCCCUUUCCAUCUUAGGGAGAUCCGAGAAACUGCGUCAAAGCCCAAACAGCCUCAGGAUCCAGACACUCACAAUCUCUGCAUCUUCAUCUUCUGUGCCACUCGAGAAGGCUUCGUGUCCUGUGUCCUCUGCUCUAUCCUCCACUCCUUCAUCAGUGGUGGGUGUCUUCCUCCCGACUGCUUCGCCUUCUCCUAUGGAUCAUUCGCUGUAUCAUUAGCUCCGACUUCUACAACAUGUAUCGUUCCGCCGCCGGUAAGCUCUCCUUGAGAGCUGCCCAAGCUUCGAGAUCGUUUUCGACCUCAUGCGGAUCGCACGGUCUCGCGAGAGGCCAUCAGAAUGCGCUCGUUGCAGGAAGAAAACCUUUGGCUGUCAUGGCUCGCAGCUCACUGCAGCGCAGGGGCUAUGCCAUGGCAGCUGAGGAAACCAACAAAGGCGUCGAUCCCAACGACUCCUUCCUCCAAGGCAACACCGCCAACUACAUCGACGAAAUGUAUCUUGCCUGGAAACACGACCCUACAUCCGUCCACAUUUCAUGGCAGGCCUACUUCCACAACAUGGAGGAGGGCAAAAUGCCUGUCUCCCGAGCGUUCCAGCCACCCCCGGGUCUGAUCUCACAAGCAGAAGGUUCGGUAGAUCUAGCGCCGACCGCCGUCAGUGCAGGCAAUGAGGACAUCGCCAAACACUUGAAGGUCCAACUACUUGUUAGAGCAUAUCAAGCCAGAGGCCAUCACAAAGCAAAGACCGAUCCCUUGGGUAUCCGUGGCGAGGCCGAAGCUUUCGGAUAUCGCAGACCAAAGGAGCUAGAAUUGGACCAUUAUGGUUUCACGGAAAAAGACCUGGAACAAGAUUUCACACUCGGUCCCGGUGUUCUGCCUAGAUUCGGGGAUGAAUCAAGCUCCAAGAUGAAGUUGAAGGAUAUCAUUGCGGCCUGCGAAAAGACGUACUGUUCAUCUUACGGCGUCGAAUACAUCCACAUUCCCGACCGAGAACAAUGCGACUGGAUCAGAAACAGAAUCGAGGUUCCGACGCCUUUCAAGUAUUCCGUGGACGACAAACGCCGCAUUCUCGACAGACUGAUUUGGAGUUCCAGCUUUGAAGCGUUUUUGGCCACCAAGUACCCCAAUGACAAGCGUUUCGGUCUGGAAGGUUGUGAAUCUCUCGUGCCCGGUAUGAAGGCCAUGAUCGACAGAAGCGUGGACUAUGGUAUCAAAGACAUCGUCAUUGGCAUGCCGCACAGAGGAAGAUUGAAUGUGUUGAGCAACGUCGUUCGCAAACCCAACGAGUCCAUCUUUAGUGAAUUCUCUGGCUCAACGGAGGCCAGUGACGAGGGCUCUGGUGAUGUCAAGUACCAUUUAGGUAUGAACUUCGAGCGACCAACGCCUUCCGGAAAACGCGUACAACUCUCUCUUGUGGCCAACCCCUCUCAUCUGGAAGCCGAAGACCCAGUUGUGCUUGGCAAAACGCGCGCCAUUCAGCAUUACAAUGACGAUGAGCAAAAGUACCAAAGCGCGAUGGGCGUCUUGCUCCACGGUGAUGCUGCUUUCGCAGGUCAGGGUGUUGUCUACGAAACACUCGGUUUCUACGCCCUGCCAGCCUACUCGACUGGUGGUACCAUCCACAUCAUUGUCAACAACCAGAUCGGUUUCACUACUGACCCUCGAUUUUCACGGUCUACGCCUUACUGCUCCGACAUUGCAAAGGCGAUUGAUGCCCCUGUUUUCCAUGUCAACGGCGAUGAUGUUGAAGCCGUUAAUUUCGUCUGCCAACUCGCUGCUGACUGGAGAGCUGAUUUUAAGAAAGACUGCGUUAUUGACAUUGUCUGCUACCGUAAACAGGGUCACAACGAAACUGAUCAACCUUCCUUCACUCAACCGCUGAUGUACAAAAAGGUACAAACCAUGAAACCGGUGCUGGACAAAUACGUCGACCAGCUCUUGAAAGAAGGUACUUUCACUAAAGAAGACAUCGAGGAACACAAGAAGUGGGUCUGGGGAAUGCUCAACGACAGCUUCGACCGAAGCAAAGAUUAUCAACCAACAGGCAAGGAGUGGUUGACAUCCGCAUGGAACGGCUUCAAGUCACCCAAGGAGCUUGCCACCGAAGUCCUUCCUCAUCCCCCAACUGGAGUUCCCAGUGAGGUCUUGAAGGAGAUUGGAGACAAGAUUGGCGGAGCGCCAGAAGGUUUCACCGUUCAUCGUAACUUGAAACGUAUUCUAUCCGGCAGGAAGAAGACCAUCGACGAAGGCAAAGGCAUCGACUGGGCUACUGCCGAGGCUCUCGCUUUUGGUACGCUCUGCCUGGAAGGUCACCACGUCCGGGUCUCCGGUCAAGAUGUGGAGCGUGGUACUUUCUCUCAGCGUCAUGCCGUUCUGCACGACCAAGAGAAUGAAGAGACCUACACCCCACUCAAAAAUUUGGCCAAGGAGCAGGGUGCGUUCUCGAUUUCCAAUUCUUCGUUGAGCGAGUUCGGUGUUCUCGGAUUCGAAUAUGGCUACUCCCUUUCUUCGCCGAACGCGCUUGUUAUGUGGGAAGCUCAAUUCGGUGAUUUCGCCAACAACGCGCAGUGUAUCAUCGAUCAAUUCAUUGCUUCUGGUGAGGUCAAAUGGCUACAGCGAUCCGGUCUCGUCUGCUCUCUGCCCCACGGAUACGAUGGUCAAGGACCUGAACACUCUUCUGGUCGUAUGGAACGAUAUCUGCAGCUCUGCAACGAGGAGCCAAGAGUGUAUCCCUCAGCAGACAAGCUUGACAGACAGCACCAGGACUGCAACAUGCAGAUCGCCUACAUGACCAGCCCCUCGAACUACUUCCACAUUCUCCGACGACAAAUGAACCGACAAUUCAGAAAACCUUUGAUGGUCUUCUUCUCCAAGUCUUUGCUCCGACACCCUCUGGCGCGUUCCGACAUCGAGGAGUUCACUGCUGAAACGGGCUUCCAGUGGAUCAUUCCGGACCCAGAACACGGCAAGGCUAUUGCCGAGCCUGACGAGAUUGACCGUGUGGUCCUUUGCGCUGGUCAAGUAUAUGCGGCUCUGUACAAGCAUCGUGCCGACAAUGGCUACAAAAAUACCGCCAUCACCCGUAUCGAGCAGCUCAACCCAUUCCCAUGGGCGCAACUCAAGGAGAAUCUUGACAAAUACAAGAAUGCCAAGACUAUCGUCUACUGUCAGGAGGAGCCCCUCAAUGCUGGCGCCUGGAGUUUCCUCCAGCCCCGUAUUGAGACGCUGCUGAAUGAGACUGAACACCACAACAGAAGACACGUCAUGUACGCGGGACGUGAUCCUAGUGCGUCGGUGGCUACUGGCUUGAAGGCCAACCACUCCAAAGAGGAGAAGGAAUUGCUCGAGGCAGCUUUCAAUGUCAAGCAGGAUAAGCUGAAGGGCGAGUGACUGGCCGAUGGUGUCACGGGGGCCAAGGUCCUACUGGAAUGAAAGUGGGUGCUAUCAGGCGAGAAGUGCUCCGUAAAGUACAUGCCCCGGGCGACUGUGAUGGUCUCCUAUUUGCCCGGCCCUGCUGGGGACGAUUGUAAAUGUUGCGCCUGCUCAUAUUCAUGCGAUGCCGGCUGCUUAGUGUAACUCAGAUUGAUACCUUUUGCGCUUGCCUUUCUCCUUCUUGCGGUCUCCGCAACUAAUGCUGAUUCUACCUUGACAUAGCGGGGUGCUGCUUAGUUAAGAAGUCGGAGGGUUGGUGGGUACGAAGCGUUG